AAUAAAAAAAAAAAAAAAGAAUCUAAAAACCACUCAGCUCUCCGCACCAUGUGAAAGGUUGGUGUAGUGGCAAGAACUCCUUUCGAAUCUGAACAACGCUUAAGCUCUCAUCAGAUACAUUCAUACAUACGAGCAUAUUUUUUCAGAUAAAAUUCACCCAAUACCUAAAUUCCCAUUAUUCGAGCAACCCAGACAAUGAAGAGAGAUUGCGUUUUCUAAAAGUCUCUUAACUUUUCUCAAUUCCUCCAGAUUUUUUUUUGGUCUGAGGAGCUCGUUUGAAAGAAUGCAAAGUAGACCAUCUCUCUCUUGUUGUUGUCUUACAGAUUGUUUCACUUUCAACGUGAUAUUAGAGUACAAUACUAGAUUUAGUGAGGCCCUUUGUUUUAUUGGAUCUUGAGUUUUCUUGUCUAAAUGGGAAGACCUUUCUAGUGUCUAUAAGUUGAACGAGUGAUUUUUUUUGGUCUUGUGAAGAAACAGAAUUUUUCUUUUUUCGGGUUUGAUGGGUAAAGAGAAUCAGUUGGAGACAACAAAUUGUGGAGUCAAUGAUCACGAUUGUCCACCCGUCAAGAACGAAGAACCAGCCGCUGAGGCGCGUUACAGUACAGACAGUGACUCGGGUUUACCAGCUUGUCGUGUAUGCCAUUCUGCAGAAUCUGACAGACGAGGAGAUGCUGCGUUAGGGUUUCUAGGGAUUACACCUCCGGUUCCAGAAGCUCGUAAAAGCAAUGCAGAAGAAACCGCUGAUGAUGUCAGCAAAGCUACAGAAGCUGAGCUGAAGAAUUCUGUCGUCAAAAGCAACGGAGUGGAAUCAGGCUUCGUCGAAAUAACAAGUCCUGAUGGGGAAGUUUUCAUUUGCACAAAUGAUAUAGAAAUGGGAAUCCAGCAGCAUCAGGAUGCACUGCUUGAGCUUGGAUGUUCCUGCAAAAACGAACUUGGUUUGGUACACUAUGCUUGUGCACUCAAAUGGUUUCUCAACCAUGGAUCCACCGUGUGUGAAAUCUGCGGACAUCCUGCAGAGAAUAUAAAGACUGCGGAUUUCAACAAAGUGUUCAUUGCCUUGAGAGAUUACACGGCACCAGACCUUGUGUUACCUGUGAGUACAGAUUCAACCAUAGAUUCAGAUGAAGUUGCUACCAGUCGAAGGCAACGACUUAGUGAGAUAUCAUCAUGGUUUGGUCCCCAUUCCCUGAACAACAACAACAACAACAAUAGUUCUGUUGCAGCUUCUCAGGUUAUGCCCGAACAACCUUUAGGUGUUGUCAACUUUGAUAUCUUGCCUAUGGAAAGCCGUGCAACUAAAUGGGCUGUGGAAGGUACCGGGAUUCUACUUGCUACAGGGUUACUCACUGUUACUUUGGUCUGGCUCAUUGCCCCUCGUGUUGGAAAGAAAACUGCUAGGAGCGGACUUCACAUCCUUCUUGGUGGUCUCUGUGCUUUAACAAUAGUCAUCUUCUUCAGAUUUGUUGUGCUCACUAGAAUCAGGUAUGGUCCUGCACGCUACUGGGCAAUCCUAUUCAUCUUCUGGUUUCUUGUGUUUGGUAUUUGGGCUUCUCGUUCGAAUGCUUCUCACAGUAGCCCUUGAAUUCAUCAUCAUCAUUAUCUUCUUCUUCUACUCUCUGCCUCUCCAUGCGUAAGUCUGUGUACUUCUCUUGGAGUUAAAAAAUGUACAUUGCUUCAUAUAUAAGAAAAACAAGCUCAUGCUUCAUUGAA